CAGCCUUUAGGCUCUGCAGGUACACAUCCGUUCACACGUACACUUAGACCCCGCUGCCCACUUCACUUUCGAGCGGCCCGAUUCCAAAGCUGAUGUGGCAGGCGCUGGCCUUGUCUCAGGAGCAGCUCACGGCAGCGGGGAAGAGGCUAGUGAGCUCUCACGACGCCUUCUCAGCUGGUGGCUACGGAAAGGAGGCACGCCCACGACGAGGAGAUCAUCAGCCUCAGAGGGCUGCGGGAGGAUCAGCAGUGGCGGUGGCAUCAGCAGGCCCGAAGGGCCCAGCUGCGGCAGCUCCAGCACUGAUGGACGCCGAUGUGUCGGACUCCGAGGACGAAACGGCGCAGGAAACGCUCAAGCAGGUGCUGAACGUCACGCAGCGCACGGGGGCGCUGGAGGGUUGCCUGCUCAGCGCCCACUUGAUGGACAAGGAGUGCAUCUUGAAUGCGCACGCGGUGGCAGCAGAGCAGCACUACACGACCACGGUGGAGCAGGACCCCACGGCUCAAAUCGGCCCUCCGUCUAUCAUGGUGGCUAUGGCGGUGCUGACAUUCCUCUUGGUUCAACCAGUCAUCAGGGACGCGCAGGACAUUCGAGCGGAAGUGGUAGGCCUCACGGGCCUUGUGGAGCGGAUUCGAGAAGAGACGAUGGAGUUAGCGGCGGAAUACAUCAAACAUUGGCGGGCGAAGUCGGCUUACCCCAAAGAGGGAGAGGAUAUGAGCGUGCGUCGCACGUUCUACAUUCAUGCGCCUGUGCCCAUCGGAGAGCCUCCCAACAUGGUGACCGUGCCUGCCAACCUGCUGGUCUCGAAGUGUCUCAUGAAGCUCGGGUCCGUGCCGAAGCCGGGUCCGCCACCGAUGGGAGGGCCCGAGCGCAAGUUUCAGAACUCGUUGCAGAAACUGCUCAAAGGGGGCAAGACACACCAGAGGUGGUAGACCAUGACCGUCAGGUUUCAGGCUUUGGAGGUCCCCAGAUGGAAGGGGCUGGUGUGAAUCAAGGUACAGGCCCAGGUGAUCUACAACAUCCGAGAAGCAGUAGCAGUAAUCUAGCGGCGUCUGUGAAUUCGUUUGGAACUGGGGGACCCAGACAGUGCGUUUCUGAGAGAGGGAGAGUUCAACUUUCGGGCUCUACGGACCCCCCGCAAUGUCAGCCGAAACGUAGACCUAGGACGGGUAAAGGGACUGGUCGAGUUAGAGGCCAGACUUAAGUGCUGAGGCCUCCUCUGGAUUGUUUUUUCCCAACCAUCCUGUGGUGUUGGGUCCUCGUUUUGAAGAGACGGUGCCCCGCG